AUGGACACACAAGCAGGAAUAUCUCAGAAGGACAUCUAAUGUUAUCCCCGGAUUGUGACAUAAAAGAUAAUGACAGUAGACAGGAUUCUCCAGGAGAUAACGCCAUUACCCCAAUUAUACAUCCAGCUCUAUCAGCUGGUCCCACUGAUCCUGGGAAAUGUUCUCCUGAUCACUCUGAUAUUGGUGCAUCUGUUCCAGCUCUGACAGUAGAUACAGAGUUUUUCUGUUCUAUAGAUGCCAAAUGUUUUACACAGAACACAAAACCUAUUACCGCACACACAGGUAAGGCAGGUGAGAGGCCACUGAAAUGUUCAGAGUGUGGGAAAUGUUUUACAUACAAAUCACAACUUGUUAUACAUCAGAGAAGUCACACAGGUGAGAGGCCAUUUUCUUGCUCUGAGUGUGGGAAAUGUUUUAUCCUGAAAUCACAACUUGUUACACAUCAGAGAGGUCACACAGGUGAGAGGCCAUUUCCAUGUUCUGAGUGUGGGAAAUGUUUUGUAUGCAAAUCAGAUCUUAUUCUACAUUACAGAAGUCACACAGGUGAGAAGCCAUUUUCUUGCACUGAAUGCGGGAAAUGUUUUGCACAAAAAUCACCUCUUGUUACACAUCAGCGAAGUCACACAGGUGAGAAGCCAUUUUCUUGCUCUGAGUGUGGGAAAUGUUUUAUCCAGAAAUCACAACUUGUUAAACAUCAGAGAAGUCACACAGGUGAGAAGCCAUUAGCAUGUUCUGAGUGUGGGAAAUGUUUUGCAUGCAAAUCAGAUCUUGUUCUACAUCAGAGAAGUCACACAGGUGAGAAGCCAUUUUCUUGCACUGAAUGCGGGAAAUGUUUUGCACAGAAAUCAUCUCUUGUUCUACAUCAGCGAACUCACACAGGUGAGAAGCCAUUUUCUUGCUCUGAGUGCGGGAAAUGUUUUAUACGGAAAUCACAACUUGUUCCACAUCAGAGAAGUCACACAGGUGAGAGGCCAUUUCCAUGUUCUGAGUGUGUGAAAAGUUUUGCACACAAAUCAGCUCUUGUUACACAUCGGCGAAGUCACACAGGUGCGAAGCCAUUUUCUUGCUCUGAGGGCGGGAAAUGUUUAGAAUUCACAACUUGUCACACAGGUGAGAAGCCAUUUCCUUGUUCUGAGAAAUAAAUCAGCUCUUGUUGCACGCAAUAGACAUCACUCAGGUGAGAAACCAUUUUAGUCUUCUGGAGUAUACUAAUUGCCAUGCAUUCAAGGUUCUUCUCCUAUCUCCUAUGCUUUUUGCAAUAUACAUGCUACCACUGCUAUGUCGAUGACCUGUCUCUUGCUCCGGGUACUGAGAACCCACUACCAAUCCUAAAUGGUUGUCUAGCUGAGCUCCAUCUGUGGGUGAUGCCAGUUGGCUGUGACUCAGUCCUGGUGAAACAGGUCUUUAUGGUAGAAGCUCACCAACAAACGGCAGGGCUACAGCUCAGCUUUGUUACCAACCAUACUUAAACUUGAGCGUUCAGAGUUACAAAAUGCUGAUCCUUUGUGGAAUCUUGGUGUCCUGGUUAGUGGAGUGACACUUAGACAUCAGUAUCUGCCAAAAUCAGAUCCUCAUCUGAGGAACAUAGCCAGACUCCAGCACUUAUUUCCCUCAGAAGAUCUACCUACAGUCAUACAUGUACUUGUAUCAUCACACAUAGACUACUGCAAUGUCCUCUACCUGG